AUGCAGGCGGACUACCUUGUUAUCGGUGCUGGCCCGGCCGGUCUCGCAGCUGCCGGAUUCAUUGCAAAGGCUGGCUCCACGGUGGCGGUCUUUGAUGGCCGAGCACGCCCUGAGAACGUCUCCGGCUCGUACCCGGUGGUGCUGAACGACAAGGGCUUGUUUGCGUUGAAGCGCCUGGAUCCGGCGAUCGCGGCGAAGGCCAAAGAGACCGGACUCUCAGUGCAACAGCUGCACGUUAUAUCCGACAACACGACGGUGAGAAAGAUCCCUAUGUUUGGUAUCUGCAUCAUGCGAGACCAAGUCUCCAGUUGGCUUUUAGAGGCCGCGGAGGCUGAUGAGAAGAUCUCCUUCUUUUGGGAGCACAAGCUCGAGAGCAUUGAUUUUCAGGCUCGGACCUGCACGUUUGAGCUUCCAGAUGGCUCGCAGAAGACCGCAGUUUCCCAGCGCCUGGUCGCCGCGGAUGGAAACCGCUCGAAGGUUCGGCGCUUGUGCCAGGAGCACGUGGCAGACUUCAGCGCCGAUGCAGAUCCCUGGCCAUUCCAACUGCGCUUCAUGAACUCCAGGGGCGUUCCGGGACAAACUGAGGUCAACACAGACACUCACUUUGUCCUUGGUGACAAAGGCUACGUGUGCCUCAAGCCUAGCGGUGAGUGGAGCAUAUACCUCCGGGUACAACCAGAAUCUGAUGAGGAGUUUCUCACGAGCAUGGAAGCGACGGAUGACAACUUGCAGAAGCUGAAGGAGUAUGUUCAGACCCACGCCAAGUUCGCGGCCGACAACUUGCUGGAUGAGGAGGCUUAUCGCAAGUUCUAUGACUGCGAAGCCUUUGGCGGCGUCGUUGUUAAGUGCUCCUCCCUGAGUCCGGCAGGCUGGAUCUGCCUCAUCGGGGCUGCCGCACAUGCUGUGCAGCCAGCCUUGCUGGAAGGCCCAUGGCCUUGA